AUGAUUAAGCUUAGCGAGGAAUGCUCUACUAUAGUCUUGAAAAAAUGGCCCCCUAAGCUUAAGGAUUCAGGAAGUUGGGUCUACAAGAACCCCAACCGACUAACAUUUCUCUACAGCUUGCUUACAGAUAUGGAGGAUGUGUUAGUAAAAGUGGAUAAGUUUAUUUUUCCUGCACACUUUGUUGUUUUAGAUAUGGAGGAAGAUAAGGAAGUAUCAAUUAUAUUGGGUAGACCCUUCUUGGCCACCGGAAAAAAUUCGAUUGAUGUUCAACAAGGAAAAUUAACUUUGAGGCUUGGUGAUGAAGAGAUUGAAUUUAAAGUGUUUCAUUAUUUUAAAAACCCAUCUUCAUUUGCUUCUUAUAGCUUCAUUAAGGCUAAUGAUAUUAAUGAUAAGGUUAAACAUGACAAUUUUGAGAAUUUCAGGAUGCACGACCGUUUGGAAAAACAUCUUAUUUUGCACGACCCUAACAUAAUUGUGGGUGAUGAAAUUAUAAUUUUACCAUCUCCUGAAACUCAUUCACCACAUAGGAAAUAG